UUUACCUUAACGGUGAAAACGGAGAACGGAGGAACGGUCGGGGAUGGUUUUGAGGAGAUGAACGUAGCGCCAAACGUAUGAAGCCUCCAACGUAUCCACACGAACUUGCUCCGGAGUCCAAGAUUAAACUUGUGCUAGCAUGUUUAAUAUAGGAUAAUGGCAAACAACAACACAAACAACCUUGCCCUGCGUUCCAUUCUGGAUAAAGAUAAAUUGAGCGGAACAAACUUUGUUGACUGGCAACGCAAUCUCUGCAUUGUUCUCCGCAUGGAUGAGAAAGAGUAUGUGCUCGAAAAGCCCAUUCCUCCUGCCCCUCCCGCUAACGCCCCGAAAGCGGUCAAAGAUGCUUACGAGAAACACGUUAAGGAUGACAACCAGGUCAGCUGUGUCAUGCUGGCUACCAUGAUACCCGAGCUGCAAAAACAGCACGAGGACAUGAAGGCCCACGAGAUGAUCGUGGCCUUGCGGCAGCUAUACCAGGGGCAAUCCAGGCAUGAACGUUUUCUCGUGAGUAAGGCUCUCUUUAGUUGCAAGCUAUCUUCAGGGAACCCAGUCGGUCCGCACGUUCGCAAAAUGAUUGGUUACAUAACCAAUCUGGGGAAACUCGGGUUCUCCUUGCAGAAGGAGUUGGCAACGGACCUGAUCCUGCAGUCGCUCCCUGAGCUGUAUAAGGGUUUUUUCAUGAACUACAUGAUGCAUGAUCUUGACAAACCCCUUCCGGAGCUUCUUAAAAUGCUCCAGACUGCAGAGGAGAACCUUACUAAGGGCAAGGGUGCUUCCGUCCUUAUGGUCCAAGGCGGAAAGGGGAAGCCGAAGAAGGGGAUUAAGAUUAAGGCUAGGACGGUCGGAAAGCCUAAAUCGAAGUCCACUUCAUCUGC